GUUGGGCCACACCACAUAUUAAUCACAACAACAAAUGUAUGACCAGUUUGUAAACAUGGGUCAGAGUUUGAUGCUGUUUAGUUAGAGUAGAUGUUGUCACAGAUGAAUAUUUUUAGGCGAAAAGAUCAUCCAUCAUCAGAGGCAGUGAGGCGGGAGAAUGAUAUCAAAAGUAACAUCACUGUUGAGUUCUCUAGAGGGAUUAAAGUUCUCCAACAGAAACAGCUAACGGCAGAGGAUCCCAUAGGAAGUGAUGACGAUGGCAACAAUCUGUGUAACAUUCUUGAAGCUGUGUUUCUUCAUGGACUGAAAGAUUCAUUCAAACACAAGUUUACAAGCUACAUGAACUUCGCCUCACAAGGACAGCAGUCUGACUUCAACUUGAACUUUUGGAACUUUGUAAUCCAGUUUACGCAUGGUGAUGUGGUGACACAGCUGAAGCGGCUUAGUCAGAUAACAACAGAAAUUGGUUUCUGCAGGGCAUGGGUGCGUAUGGCAUUAAAUGAUGGAUUGAUGGAAAGCUACAUCCACUCGAUGAUUGCGGAUGUUAAGGCACUGAAACAUUUUUAUGCCUCAACAGCGUACCUUCGUGACCAUGAGCAACCUGAAAUACUCAAAAGCUACCUCACAGGACUGUCAUCCUUGCAGUUCCGGUUGUCGUUCAACUCGAGUAUGCUGAACGCCUGGACGUGCACGCCACUAACACUGUGUGAAAUCAUUGAGAAGAACCCUGCAGUCGGGCCCACAACACAUGCAAGUACAGAAACCACACAAUCAGUUUCACUGGGCAAACAAGCUACAUCUAGUGCAAAAGAAAGUUCUGAUAUAAUUUCCCACACUACCCAUGGCAUGUUGUCGCCAGACGGGAAACGACGUGAAGGAUCGUUUUACAGUAGUGUCACUGGAAACCAGUUUGGUGUGUCUGGCUUCACCAGCAAAGAUGUGGAGGAGAUAAAGCGACUGACGUCCGCCAGACGUCCAUACACGGCAUCAGACAACUCCAGCUCAAGCUGUGUGUCGUGUCCAGACACAGGUCACGUGGUCCCUCACCCUUACAGUCACGUGGUCCCACCUGCUCAAAGUCAUGUAGUCCAUCACACAGACAGCCACCUGGUCCCACGCCCUGACAGUCAUGUGGUCCUACCUAAUCUGUGGGAAGCUUCUGCUCUAGAAGACAGCAUAUUGGCACAAAUUGAAGCAGAAAAUGAGUCUGAGGCUGUGAUAAGCAACCUAAACUCUUCGGAUGAUAAACACAAAGAAGAAUCAGUUGUAGAAGGGAAUGUAUUAGAAGAUAAAAAUGCUGAUAUCUCAAACCAGCCAUGUGGGGAGUACUCUCACGACACGUUCCUUGAUGAAGAUUCCAUUUUCAGCACUAACAAGCUGAUGGUGAAUUGUGAAGUGGACACACUUGAGUCAGCAAAAUGCAUCAGCUUGGUCCCACCAACCAGUCCAAAACACAAGGCCCCGCCUGUCGAACCUGCCCUGUCACCAGCCAUUGCCAACACUAUAGAACAGAGUACAGACAACGUUCCCGACCUCUCCUCCAUACGAAAUGACAUUUACAAUGUUAUAAGUGCAGCAGAUGCACGGAGAUCCAGCGUGGAGGAAGGCCCGUCUGUGAGCACCAACAGUCCCCGCGGUAACAGUCUAGGCUCAAUGACUGGCUGGUCGUCACACAUCUACGAGAAGACAACAAAACUCACAGAACAGAAUCUGGCAAAUUUCAAGGCCACUUCUGAAAGCAGACCUAAAGCUGCAAGUUUUGGUGCCCUCCUAAAAACAUACGCACCAUCUAACUCCAUGUCUAAUCCUUCCAUUGAUGAUGUCAUCCAGAAUCUUCCCAGCCCCACGGACUCUACGGAUUGUUCACCAGUAAGAAUGAAACAUUCCCAGAGUAGCAAUGAACAGACUGAGGGUGAUUUUGAAAUUUUACAAGCAGUUUCUCCGUACUUGAUUCUCGAGGCUGAGACAGGUAACAACUCCCAUCUAACACAGUUAUGUGAGAUGGCUGUAGAAAAAGGUCUUGAUUCACAGAACUACCAAUGUCUUUCCUGCAACCGCCCAAUUGGAUUGUUCUAUGGCAAACCACGUGUGUGUUCCUUCAAUGGUGGUUAUUACUGCUUUGAGUGCCAUGAGAAUGCAGAAUUUUACAUUCCGGCAGCAAUUUUGCAUAACUGGGACUUUCAAAAACAAAAAGUAUCGAGGGAGAGUUUUGAAUUCUUGGUUGAAGUUGAAGACCAGCCUCUGCUUGACGUGUUCCAGGUGAACCCACGACUCUACGAACAUGUUCCCGAGCUGGAGGAGAUCCGGAAACUACGGAUCCAGUUGUGCUCUUUAAAGACGUACCUAUUUUCCUGUCAACAGUCAUUAGCAGAGGAACUGCGAAAGAAAGUGUGGCCUCGGGAAUAUUUCUAUGACAACAUUAAUGUUUACUCCAUGAUGGAUUUCCAGCAGGUUGCCACUGGUCAGCUGGCGAAGACCCUGCACGAGGUUAUGCGGUUCGCGUCUCGCCAUGUGUAUGACUGUGCCAUGUGUUCUUUGAAGGGCUUCAUCUGUGAACUGUGCAAUAACCCCAAAGUGAUAUAUCCAUUUGAAAUAGACUCCACGUACAGGUGUUCCCGGUGUAAGGCUGUGUACCACAAGACCUGCAUGGUGGAGAGUCUCCCGUGUCCCAAGUGUCAGCGGUGGGGUCUCAUCUCAGGAAACAGCCCCAACAUGAGCAACCCUGCCGAAACAGAAGACUACGCAAUCACUCCUUCAUAGACCCAAACAAUUGGGCAUUUAUCCAGGCUCUUUUGCCAGGGUCCCAUGUCAGGGCCCCGUUUUAUGGAACGAUUGUAGCGCUAAGAUCACCUUAAGUGCAUAGUUACCUUAUGCACUUAAAGUGAUUUUAGUACUAAGAUCGCUUCAUAAAAGGGGGCCGUGAUGAGAGAAAAAGUGUGAGUAAAUCAUACUUGGGAUAUGUUUUCAGUCCACUGAAUGAUGCAGUACACCACUGUUAAAUUAAUUUAUUAGAACCUGUUGACAUAAUUAAGUAUAUAUAUAUAUAUAUGGAGAAUGUUUAGCAUAGAAAUUGGGAAUUUUCAGUGCCACUUUGUUUUUUAAGUGGCCUAUGUUGAGACCCACAAAACACCUGGAUAAAUCCCUGACAUUAUAAGUGUGUUUCCAUUGUUUAUUUUAUGAAGUACUCUAACAACCCCUAUAAAUACAAUAUACUAUUUUAAAAUAUUUUAAAAAUAUUUUUCUCUCAAAAUUAGGUUUUAUUGAAUUUGAUCGUCUAGCUUGUAAUCCUUUUGAGUUUUGAAUGUUUUCUGGUAAUCCAGAAUAUCGUAACCUUUAAAUGGUUUUUUACUUUACUGUCAUAACUGUGUAUACUUAAGCCAUCCAAAUAGGAUCUAUGUGAGUGUGCUGGGUUUUUGGCUUGCAUGCAGCACGUGUGUGUCGGUGUUUCUAGCGGGUGAGAUCAAGCUGUGUCGGUAGAACGCUUGCAUGCAACACGUGUGUGUCGGUGGUUCUGGCGGGUGAGAUCAAGCUCUGUCAGUAGAACACUUGCACAAGGUGCUUUGUGUGUCGGUGGUUGUGGUGGGGAGAGAUCGAGCUCUGUCGGUAGAACACUUGGACGGGAUGCUUUGUGUGUCAGUAGUUCUGGCAGGGAGAGAACAAGCUUGCACAAGGUGCUUUGGGCAUAUAGUUGAAUCCCUUCGGUGGACCCAUUUUUGGAUUGGUUUCUUUCCCUGUCCCACCCAGGGCCCAGAAGCCCAUUAGAACAGACCAUUAGAACUCCACUACCUUUGAUGCUUUCAUAUCUGGUGUAAGUGUUCACCACAUAAUAGUAUUUUAGCUGCACACCUUCAGCUUUCAAAUGUGACCGACGUAGGUCAUUUAGUAUUUGGGUAAUGUUUGGUUUCACGGUCGGCCUAGGGUUGGGCUAUUUCUCAUUCCAGCCAGUUCACCAUUUCUAGUAUAUCAGGCCAUGGUAUGUGAUAUCCUGUCUAUGGCAUGAUGCAUAUAAAAGAGCUCUUGCGACUAAUGGAAAAAUGUAGCGGGU